CCCGCCCACCCGCGGGCCGCGAAGCCCCUCGCGCGCCCCUCCCAGCACGCCGCCCCGGGCGCGCAGGUGCGUGAGGCGGCGCCGCCCGGACCCGGCGGACGAGGCCCCGCCAUGGAGCACAUCCGCACGCCCAAGGUUGAAAAUGUACGCUUGGUAGAUCGAGUGUCUUCUAAAAAGGCAACACUGGGUACUUUGUAUUUGACCGCCACUCAUGUCAUAUUUGUGGAAAAUGCACCUGAUACAAGAAAAGAAACAUGGAUUCUUCAUAGUCAGAUCUCCACCAUUGAGAAGCAAGCAACAACUGCUACUGGCUGUCCUCUGCUUAUUCGCUGUAAGAACUUCCAGAUCAUACAACUUGUCAUACCACAAGAAAGAGAUUGCCAUGACGUGUACAUCUCUUUGAUUCGUCUUGCACGGCCGGUGAAAUAUGAGGAGUUGUACUGCUUUUCAUUCAACCCCAAGCUGGAUAAAGAAGAAAGAGAGCAAGGCUGGAUGCUAAUUGAUCUUGGUGAAGAAUACAAGCGAAUGGGCCUCCCCAAUAAUUAUUGGCAGCUCAGCGAUGUGAACAGAGACUAUAGAGUUUGUGACUCCUAUCCCACUGAAGUGUACGUUCCCAAAUCAGCCACAGCACACAUCAUUGUGGGAAGUUCCAAGUUCCGGAGCAGACGGCGAUUUCCCGCCCUUUCUUACUACUAUAAAGAUAACCAUGCCGCCAUCUGCCGAAGCAGCCAGCCCCUCUCUGGCUUCAGUGCCCGGUGCCUAGAGGACGAGCAGAUGCUCCAGGCCAUCCGGAAGGCCAAUCCGGGAAGCGACUUCGUUUACGUGGUGGACACGAGGCCUAAACUUAAUGCAAUGGCAAACCGUGCUGCAGGGAAAGGCUAUGAGAAUGAAGACAAUUAUUCCAAUAUCAAGUUUCAGUUUAUCGGGAUAGAGAACAUUCAUGUCAUGAGGAGCAGUCUGCAGAAAAUGCUGGAAGUGUGUGAGCUAAAGUCUCCGUCCAUGAGUGAUUUUCUGUGGGGCCUGGAGAACUCUGGUUGGUUGAGGCACAUUAAAGCCAUCAUGGAUGCCGGGAUUUUCAUUGCCAAGGCAGUGUCAGAGGAAGGGGCCAGUGUGCUGGUGCACUGUUCCGAUGGCUGGGACAGGACUGCUCAGGUGUGCUCGCUGGCGAGCCUGCUUCUGGACCCUCACUACCGAACACUGCGGGGCUUCAUGGUUCUGAUUGAAAAGGACUGGACCUCCUUUGGACAUAAGUUUAAUCACAGAUAUGGCAAUCUGGAUGGCGACCCAAAAGAAAUCUCCCCAGUGAUGGACCAGUUCAUCGAGUGCGUGUGGCAGCUGAUGGAGCGAUGCCCCUGUGCCUUUGAGUUCAAUGAGAGGUUUUUGAUUCACAUUCAGCAUCACAUUUAUUCCUGCCAAUUUGGAAAUUUCCUUUGUAAUAGCCAAAAGGAGCGACAAGAACUCAAAAUUCAAGAAAGAACAUAUUCCUUAUGGUCUCACCUCUGGAAGAACCGAGCGGACUAUCUGAAUCCUCUGUUUCGAACUGCUCACGAUCAGACUCAGGAAAGUCUUCGCCUCCCUACAGCUCCCUGCAACUUCACGUACAAGUUCUGGAGUGGAAUGUAUAACCGCUUUGAAAAGGGGAUGCAGCCCCGACAGUCUGUCACAGACUACCUCAUGGCAGUAAAGGAGGAGUCCCAGCAGCUGGAGGAAGAACUGGAGGCUCUAGAAGAAAGACUGGAAAAGAUUCAAAAAGUCCAGUUGAGUGGCACUAAAGUGAAGAGUAAGCCAAGCGAGCUCAGCAAACACGCAGGGUUUUCUACCUCAGAUAACAGCUUGGCCAACACACCCCAGGACUACAGUGGGAACAUGAAGUCAUUUCCAUCCAGGAGCCCUUCACAGGGGGAUGAAGAUUCGGCUCUCAUCCUAACUCAAGACAACCUGAAAAGCUCAGAUCCCGAUCUGUCUGUGAACAGUGACCAAGAGUCUGGGGUGGAGGAUUUGAGCUGUCGGUCUCCAAGUGGUGGCGAGCGUGCACCAAGUGAAGACAGCGGUAAGGACCGGGACUCUGACGAAGCUGUGUUUCUCACUGCCUGAAGUUUCUUUGGGGAGUUCCAAAGUGAAGGACAUAUAGAAACACUACCAAAAAUAAGGGAACCGUGCAAUUUAAACUAAAAAUAACGCAAGAAAUGGUUGUGUCAUCAAGAAUUAGAGUGCACCUUUGAAAUUGGAGAAAAAAAUUCCAACACGUAAUUUUUUUAGAUGCUGAGCAACAGAAGUAUCCAUUUGUUUAUCAAAUCUAUGGGAAAUUAUUGUUUUGAUGCUCUUUCUAGGCUGUGAAAAUUGUAAUCACUACAGAGCUAUUACAUUUAUCCUCACUUAAGGUAUCAAUAGAAAUCUUCCUUGCCAGGGCAUGCAUCUACUCAGCAAACCUCGGUCCCUCCCCUCACGCUCUGUGGGUGAGCAUCUUCCCCUUUGUUUCACUUCCACGUGCAAUUUGUGUUUUCUGAAAUAUUUGACCUUACCUUUCCUUUUGACCUUUUUACCACUAUGUCUAAAGAUUAGGUAUAUUGUUGAGAAUAUACACUUUUUGGUUACUAUAUGUAUUCCUAACAAGCUUUGAAUGUCUUAAAGCUUAUCCUUCAGGUACAAUAAUCACUUCUAACUUUUCCUUAGAAUUGUUAUUGUUUUGUUGCCUCUCUCUGGAAUAUGUUUCUCCUCAUUAAAAAAAAAAUUUAUAAUUCAGUUUUUCUCUAAAAUGAGUUUAAUAUUAUAAAGUAGAAGCAACACGCAUUUUCUGAGUCUUCUAUCUGAAUUCAGAUCAUAUUAACGUUCUUAACCUUUUACUGCUGUUACAGAGGCUACAUCACAAAGACCCUAUCAGCCAACUGCCAGCCCGACCCCAAAGCAUAACACUGUACAGUCAGUGGGGUAAACAUCGCCAAGGGGAAAUCUCAGUUAGGAAACAGAGAAUCUGGUGGUCUUGAGGAGUUAGCAAUGUAAGUUAUGGUAUCUGUCAUUUUAGAAAUUAUGUUACUGGUUAGUGUUUUGAUUAACAUUAACUCAUGACUGCUGAUUGCUAAAGGUCAGUUCUGAAAGUUUUUGCUUUGUUAAAAUGCACAUUUUAACAGAAUCAUUUGCUGUCUUAUACUUUUUAAAAACAGAACUUUGUUAAGUGACUUAAAUUUUUCAUGUAAAAAAAGGUGGAGAAACAUUGCUGUUUGAAGAGAACAACUGUAUUCAUGCUUUAUGGUUUUGAAAUGAUACAUUGUAAAAUAUAAAGGAAUUAAACAUAAUUUGUAUAAUUUAUAUCAGUAUUUUAAAUAUGUGAAAAACUAUAGAAGAAUGUAUUAAACUUUGCUGAAAUAGGACCAAGGUAAAAAAGGGCAAGAAAGUCACAAUGCUGAACUAUUUAGUAUGAAAGAUUGGAGUGUAGUGAUAUGUAUGAAUGAAACAAUAUAGUAUAAUUGCAAUUGUGUUGUUCAUCCUAUUUAAGAAUAAUACAUGAAAAAUCUGUAAUAUAGAAGCACUGUAUACAAAUCAAAGCAAAUGUAAUUCUUUUAAAAUAUAAAAUUUCAGCAUUUUCUGUUGAAAGUUCCCAAAUUAAUUAUAAGGAAUGUGUUUUGUUUUCUAUUUUCUGUGUUAUAUAGUGUAUGUAAGAGGGACUACAUGGCUAAUAAAUACUUAGGAAAUAGUA